AUGCAUGCUCUCAAGAAUCAACUAGGUUGGACUCACGUUUUCGGUCCCAGACAUCCUUCGGAACCAGUCUAUCCACUUCCCCACCACCGGAAGCCAAUUCAUGGACCCAAGCCGAAGUCUAGAACAUCAGUUCAACUUAGAACCGGUUUGCGAGAUCUCUUUCGCGAAUAUUGUUCCACCAGUACCGUUCACGGAGUCAGCUAUAUCAGUUCGAGAAGAUCCCGCCUGGAACGGAUUUGGUGGUUUGUCGUCAUAGUUCUGGCGGUGUACGGAUGUGGUCGGCUGAUUGAAAAAGUAUAUCGCAAGUGGGACGAAAAUCCGGUGAUUGUGAGUUUUGACGAACAACCUACACCCGUUUGGACGAUUCCCUUUCCAGCGAUUACCAUCUGUCCGGCGGCGAAGAUCCGUUCCGAGUUGAUGAAUUUUACGGAAUCUUUCUACCGAUUCGCGUAUGGUACCCGGAAUGAGACGUUGGAUCAAGCGAGCUUAGACGAACUGCUGGCAGUGCUACAGAUAUGUGACCGAUUUUUUCACAGUUCGGUACAAAACCUUAGCUUCGACGGAGUAAAAUCAACCGUAGAUUUGGUAUCUGUUCUACGACGACUCUCCAUCCUUCAGAAUGACACUUUUAUGAUGUGCAAAAUGCAUGGCUUCAGUUGCAGUAAAAUGUUCACUCAAACUAUCACCGAGGAGGGCGUAUGCUUCACGUACAAUGGUUUUUCACAGAACGACAUGUUUCGAAAGGGUGUUCUUCACGGUGACUACGAAUAUUUAACUGAGACCAAAACCGUUACCAACUGGAGCCUUGAGGAUGGGUUUAAAUUCGGUACUCCGCUAGGGUCGCAUCCAAUUCGAGCAUUCGGAGCUGGGUUUGGGGCAGGGUUAACGGUUCAGCUGAUGAGUUUUAACAGUGACAUCGAGCAGCACUGUCGGGAGGAGCAAGGUUUUAAGGUGAUGCUUCAUUCACCAAACGAUUAUCCUCGGGUGCAAAAGAAUUUUGUUCUGGUAACGCUUGCUCGGGAUAUUACGAUAGCGGUUCGACCAUUGAUCGUUAGAACGGCUGACGCACUGCGAAGCUACAGUCCAAAAAGGCGCCAGUGUUACUUCAGCUGGGAACGUGAACUGAAAUUUUUUCGCAUCUACAGCCAAAGCAACUGCGAACUGGAAUGUAUAACGAACUUUACGCUGAAAAUCUGCGGUUGCGUUAAGUUUUCAAUGCCUCGCUCCAACGGAACUCGUAUGUGUUCGACGUGGGAGAUGAAAUGUGUUUUGGGUGCACAACCAAAACUUCUGAAAAAAUACGCUCAGCAACGUUUGAAAAAUCUUGGCAACUUUGCUGUACCGUGCAACUGUAUACCCUCGUGUACCGCGCUGCUGUAUGAUGCGGAAAUCACCCAAUCGACGUAUGAUUUUCAGCGAACGCUCGAGUUGCGUUAUGCUCCGAUUUGGCCACCUAUUCGGGAUUUUAUCAGCAAAAAGCAAAUAUCGAAACUGGGAAUCUAUUUCAAGGAGGCAAUGUUUCUCAGCUCGAAACGGAACGAAGUGUACGGGACAAUCGAUUUCGUCGCAAACUGCGGAGGCAUACUGGGACUGUGUUUGGGUAUCAGUUUGUUUAGCUUGGUGGAACUGCUCUACUACUGCCUGGUUCGGCCAUUGAUGUUGGUUCGCCAGUCGAUUGAAGUGAAACCGACGGUUAUUCAAGUUACGGACGGAAUCAACAGCCGAUUUUGA